ACAAGAAUAAUUUCGUUGAAAGUCAAAUCCUUUAUGUUUUCGAUGUGAUUGGCAAAUCAAACAAAUUUUGAAUUCCCAGAGAUUUUCCCACCAAUAGAAUAAUGAAUCGUCGUGGUAAAGCAUACCGGGGUGAUGGUGAAUUAGCUCAAGAUGAAGAUCAACUCAUGGAAUAUCAAUUUGAAAUCAAAACCGAUAUCUGUGGCUAUUUGAAUGUAUUCGUCAAGGGCGAUCUCGAUAACCUGCAGCCAUCCUCAUUAGUAUUUCUCACUGUACAUGAUCUAGGCACUAAUCAUGAGGAUUUUCAUAAAUUAUUGGAACAUCCUUGUAUGGCGCGAGUGAAACAACGUUCCGUUUGGAUACAUGUUGAUAUGCCCGGUCAAGAAUAUGACGCUAUCGAUUUGGCACCAUAUUUUGAUUUUCCAACACUCGACCAGAUUAGCGAAGAUUUAGUUCAAAUAUUGGAUUAUUUCAGUAUUGAUUCUUGUGUAACAUUCGGAGAAGGUGCCGGUGCAAACAUCCUUUUGCGUAUGGCUAUAAAUCAUCCGGAUCGUGUUAUGGGUAACAUAUUGAUACAUUGUCAGCCAACUAAUGACAGCAAUUUAGUGACUUAUUUCAAAAAUGAAUAUAAUCUGUGGAGAUUUCGAGUGUUUGGCAUGAAUAAGACUACCGAUAAUUUUCUUGUUCAACACAAAUUCGGUUUGUCACUCAAUGCUAAAAUGGAUCUGGAUACAGAACAAUCCAUCAAACAAUACCUGGAACAGCUACAUAAACGAAUCAACCGCAAAAAUUUGCUGCCAUUCAUUCGUGCUUAUCUUGGACGUUCCAAUAUAGCGACCAAGAUUAAGAAUGAACUAAUCGUGCCAACAUUGAUUGUAUCGGGUUCCUAUCCACGAUUACAACGUAUGGCUGAUGAAAUGCAAUCCCUGAUUGAUAAUAAAAUCCUAACCCGUUGGAAUGCAUUGGAUUGUUCAUCCGUAUUGGACGAGGCUACCGAUUUAUUUGUUGAAAAAUUGAUUCUAUUCUGUCAAGGUUUAGGUUAUUUUUCAACAUUUUCAAUCGUUCAUCAGGAUCCAUUCAAUCGUUACUGAUAAUUUGUUAAUAGAAAAUGUGAAUAAAAUUUUGUUUUUGUUGUUAUUGAA